GUACGUAUGUUUGUAAUGGGAAAGAAGCGUCAGGUCUCGCUUGGGGUUGUUUCUAUCUAGGGCACCUGUUUCGGGGGAUCUGCUACUUCGGAAGAAGGGAGGAGGAGAAGGCACAUGGAGGGCGGCAACGGCGAGGAGCUUGCGGUUGGCUGCGUCCUCUCCCUGAGAACAACCCUCGGCGACGAGAUCGAAGGCCAAAUCAUCGCCUACGACCGCCCCUCCAACAUCCUCGUCAUCCAAGAAGGCAGUUCGAAGGCGGGGCCUCGGAGGAACAUUCGGCUUCUGAAGGCCAACUACAUCCAGGACUUCACGUACCUGAGGAAGGCGGAGGACCCGAUUGACCCCAACAAGUGCUACAUCGAUCUCGCCGGCCUCCAGGCUAGGGAAGAGGCCUCUUUGAGACAAGCAGAGAUUGAAGCUGAGAGGAUUGGCGUUGGGGUCACCAGCGAGGCUCAAAGCAUUUUUGAUGCAUUGUCUAAGACGCUUCCUGUCCACUGGGACAAGACUGUCAUUGUGGUCAUGAAUGAAGUCCGUGUCAGCAGCCCAUACCUCCCAGAAAAUGUUAUCGGAGGAACCCCAGCUGCCAACGAUCGGGUGAAGAAAGUGCUUGAUUUUGAAAGGAAGAGGCUUCAAGUUCGUGGACCUGGCUAGUAUGGUUCGUCUUUUGUUUUCGAGGAUGGGUGUAGGAUUGACUUCUGAAAGCCUUGGGUUAGAAUAUCAUAACAACCUUGUUUCUUGGUUCUAUAUCAAGUUCAUCUCGUCUUUGUGAAAUUAUUGGCAUUUACAGCUUAUUUUAUCAUUAAAAAAAUGAGUUGUAAUAGCUGGAUUUUUGAACUUCAUCUAGAGAGGGUGUGUCUCCUAGAAUGCUUAUUCUUGGUACUGAGCAAUUACACCAUUGUCUGGAUCAUCUUCUUCCA